AUGUCUUUCCAGCUGUAUGAUGGAGCCAUCACAGUCAAGACAGACACCAGCCCUCUCACGUACAAUGAAGCCCACCUCCUAACGGCCGGAGUCGUCCGCAACCAAGCUGGACGGCUCCUGGCUGAACGGCUUCGACUCAGCGCCGCGGACCGGGACCUCACCCACAGGGCGGUCGCCGCUGCGACGACCGAGGAGAUGAAGGCCGCGUGGACAAGUGCCCAGGCCGUGCAGCGCCGCUGGAACACCACACAGAACGCGGCAGCCGAGGCCCUGAGCGAUGACGAUAUUCGAAAUAUCCGAUAUGCAAUGCGUGUUCCCUGGCAGGAGCACGUUCUGAGAUGGCGAAGCCGCUCAAGGUGCAUGUCAAGCACAUCGCACCGACACUCUUUGCGCGCCUCACACAGCGCGAACUUUCAGGCGAGGCAAAACGGCGACCAUAUCGCCAUACCUCAGAGUUAG